AUGCCAACGCCAUUUAAAUACGAUUCAAACGAUCCUGAUUGUGAACCUGAACCAUUAUAUGAGAAUGGCACUUAUGUCGAUGAAUGGGAUCAAGAUAAUGUUCGUUUACCUUGUUCACAAUUUUAUAUAACUAAAAAUGGUACACAACGAUGGCCAAUAAUUCAAGAAUCUUUAACAAAACUUCAACAUUUAUCAGAAACACAUAUGGCAACAAUGGAAGAUAUUAAAGAAACUAUUGAAGAAUGUGCUGGACGUAAAUAUGAAUUCAAUUGUCUUGAACGACUUCUUAAUGAAGUUUAUUCAGCUGAUGAACGUGCUCAUUUUAUGUCAACUGUUUUAUCAAACAUUUGUAGUUUAGCAUUAAAUGUUGAUAAAAUUUGUAGUCGACCACCACCAUUGUUACGUAUUGGAUCAAAUCGUACAGUAACAAUGUCACAAAAACAAGCAGCUUCAUUAUUAGCUUGUGCAUUUUUCUGUUUAUUUCCUCGACGUUUUAAUCAGAAAGUAGGCAGUGAAUAUGAGAAUUAUCAAAAUCCAAAUUUUAACACAUUAUUUCAAGGUGGUAGAACAGGUGGAUCUAAAUGGAAACUUGAAAAACUUAAAUGUAUUUUUCAUUAUUUUAAUCGUAUUACUGAGAAGAUGCCCAAUGGUGUUAUUUCUUUUCGACGUUAUCAAUUACCAGAUAGUUGCUUACCAAAAUGGGCAGAAUCUAAAGAACCUUUAUGUAAAAUUCAUAUAACUAAAAAUAAAAUUAUUGAAGAUAUAGUUGGUCUUUUACAAGUUGAUUUUGCUAAUAAAUAUAUUGGUGGAGGUGUAAUGAGUGAUGGUUGUGUUCAAGAAGAAAUACGCUUUGUUAUUUGUCCUGAAAUGCUUAUUAGUUUACUACUAUGUGAAGUAAUCCAACCAAAUGAAUGUGUUUUUCUUAUUGGUUGUGAGCGUUUUUCAACAUAUCAAGGUUAUUCAACAACAUUCCAAUUUAAAGAAAAUUAUAUUGAUCAAACUCCAAAAGAUUCUUGGAGUCGAAAAUUAUGUCAUGUUGUUGCUAUGGAUGCUAUUGCUUUUCAUAAUCGAUCAAUACAAUAUACAAUAAAAAAUAUGAAAAGAGAAUUAAUUAAAGCUUAUACAUGUUUUCGUGUUCCAGCAGCAGUAAUUGACCAAAAAUCAGGUGUUGCUACGGGUAAUUGGGGUUGUGGUGCAUUUAAUGGAAAUAAACAACUGAAAGCAAUAAUACAAUUAAUUGCUGCUUCACAAGCUGGACGUCCACUUGUUUAUUUAACAUUUCGUGAUCAGAAUUUAGUCAUGUCAUUCCAUAAAGUAUAUGAACACCUAUCAAAUGAAAAAGCAACAGUGAAAGAUUUAUGUACUUAUCUUCAACAAUAUUCAACUUUGUAUAAAAAAUUACCAUUAUUCGAUUUUAUUCUUCAAACACCUGUAUCAUCUCUUUAUUCAUAA